AUGGAGAGUUUGCAUGUUCGUGAUGUGCAUCGCUUCGGAUCGGUCAUGAACUGUGGAAGAGUUAUGAAUUGGUUCAGCGGAAUAGAUUACCAUUUGGAUUUGAUUAAAAAAAGCGGUGAAACCUGCGCACGCUUCACGGAUUGGAACGGGGAAACGAGCGAGAAAUACGUGCUGCAGCGGGAGCGCGCUCUCCGCGACAGCCUCUGCUGGACGACGUCGAUGGUUGCUUCAGAGCUUGCUGCGAACAGCUGGGAGUACUUUCAAUCAUUGUCUGGUGAUUUUGGUUCGUCAUUCACGGUAGGGUCUUGUUGGACGGCGCAAACUUGGACCCGCAAUGCCACGGAUGAGCCGCGGGAGUGUCGACCGCGUAUCCAGGUGCCGGUGAGGGUAUACCCAAUGGAAUGCUGCAGCUCGAGCUGUCAUGAUUGCCCCGCAUACACUAUCAAGAUAAGAUCCGCCUCAGCGCGGUGA